GACCGCGGGAUUUUCGAAACGACGCGCUAUGUGUUAUCAGCAUCAAUCAGCAACGUGUUACAACAAUACAAAUAUUGCAAUGUCGUAUCAAAAGUAGUUAUCAUUAAUAAAUUCUAACAGUCGCAUCGUAUCGUCACACGUUUUUUUUUUCAAUUUUUUUUUAAGUUAAUGAUGGAAAAGUCUUCCUGCAGUUCUUUGCACCACUGGUUGUUGUCAGUCGGCCUAAACAGUAGUACAACUUAUCACAAUUGUCUGUCGGUGCUUCUUCCGUCGUCAGUGAUAAACAGUAACAACUGAAGUGUACGCAUACAUAGUAAUUUGUCUACAUUCAGGGAUUCACUGAACGUGAACGUAACAAUAGAGUGUUUUGUUUUCGAUUGUUGUUAAGUGUUGUGUGUUAAAAAAAGUAUGACUGCGAAAGAAAAAAACCAAGACGUCGUCCCGUGGACAGGGUUAAAUUUGGCUUGUGUUCGUAUUUUGCAAUUGUAUUGUAAAGUUUUCGACCAUCUUGACCUUUACCAGACGCAAAGAAAGAACUGCACCACUUGCAAAUGUACGAGGGAUUCUCACGAAGUGGUAGUGGAGCACGGGGCCAAAACUCGACUUGGAUUACUCGGCAGCAUUGCUGAUAGUUUGGAGCCUAGAACCUUAGGUUUUGCAUUUGUUCCUCCAGGACUUACAUCAGCCAGACAGAUCGAACAAUUCUAUUCGACUCUGCCAUCAUAUGAUGUGCCACGAUUAGGAACUAAGGGAGAAGUAUCGAGAAGCAUGCGACUGGUUCGCCAACUUCCCAGACAGGACCUGUCUUUAUCCGCAUGUAAAUUCAUCGAACCAGAAAACAAGGACAGUUAUCAGGAUUUUAUUACUGCACGGAACGAAAUAGCCCUCGAUGUGGGGAUCGGUCGUGCCGCCCCUCUUGCCAGCACAUGCGCAGGUUGUUCGAAAUCCAUUCCAACUCAACAGGCAUGCGUGGCAGCGCCUCGUCAGGGUAACUUACUUUACCACCCUGCCUGUUUUCGAUGUACCAAAUGUGACGAUCUCCUCGUUGACCUCGCCUAUUGCGUUAAGGACAAUCAAAUUUUCUGUGAAAGACAUUACGCCGAAACACUCAAACCACGAUGCGCGUCUUGCGAUGAGCUAAUUUUCAGUGGUGAGUACACCAAGGCUAUGAACAAAGACUGGCAUGGUCAACAUUUCUGCUGUUGGCAAUGCGAUGAAAGUCUCACUGGACAACGAUACGUACUUAGGGACGAUCAUCCUUAUUGCGUAGCCUGUUACGAAUCAGUUUUCGCAAACGCCUGCGAAAAAUGCGGCAGGACCAUUGGUAUUGAUUCCAAGUCAUUACUGUUGUUAAACAUGACCGACGUUUUCAACGAUCAGUUUCAUUCGAAACUAAAUUUGAAAACGAAAACCGUUGGAGCUGACAGAAUUAAAAAAGCAAAGGAUACCAACGAGGAUGUUGCAAUAUUAUCCAUGGAAUUGCCGGGUGAAAAUAAGCCCUUCAACUGUAAUUUAGGGGAUGAUUGUCUAUUAGGGGAUCCUAAAAAGUUGCCACUAGGAACGAAGAAGAUGGAAUACAAGACCAGACAAUGGCACGAGAAAUGUUUCUGUUGUGUUGUUUGCAAAACUCCCAUCGGUACUCAAAGUUUCAUCCCCCGUGAACAGGAAAUCUACUGCGCAAAGUGUUACGAAGAAAAGUACGCGACUCGUUGUGUAAAGUGCAACAAGGUAAUUACCAGCGGUGGUGUGACAUACAAGAACGAACCAUGGCAUAGGGAAUGUUUCACAUGCACCAACUGCAAUACGAGUCUAGCAGGUGCCCGAUUCACCAGUCGCGACGACAAGCCCUAUUGUGCCGACUGUUUCGGCGAACUCUUCGCCAAACGGUGCACCGCCUGCAGCAAGCCCAUCACCGGUAUCGGUGGUACUAAAUUCAUCUCCUUCGAGGACCGACAUUGGCACAACGAUUGCUUCUUCUGCGCCUCGUGUCGCACCAGCUUGGUCGGACGGGGUUUCAUCACCGACGGUGACGACAUCAUCUGUCCCGAUUGCGCCAAACAAAAACUCAUGUAAAAACGAGAAAGCAAAAUGAAAAUCGCACCGACUACAACGAGGGAGAUGAAUGAGGACGGUUGUGCGUUGUUUGCUGUUGGCUCUCUUUUCUUUUUUUUUUUUGUUUAAUAUGGAAAUUGUUGUAUUUAAUUUUUGUUUAUUUUAAUCUCAUUAGAUUCGUUGCCUGUGUUGAGUGGGAGAGAAAGAGAGAGAGAGAGCGUCGAAGGAUGAUGUGUGGUAAACGGAUGAAGAAACGCACACACUUAACAAACACUACUACUACACUUAAACUACUACACAACAACACCUACUGGUGAAUAACACUUUCGCAGGAUUGUUAAUACUUUUUUUUAUUUUCUUUUUGAUUUAUUUUCGAUUAUUAAUUUCAGUUGUUAUAAAAACCAUCAAAAAUCCGUCCAAAAGUUUGUAAUUUCGGGGACAGGAAAUAAUACUCACUAAAUAUUAGAUUUUAAAAAUUGUAUCGAUUAGGAUUCUUUUAAUGUCUUAAUCAUUUACAAGCAAUCCUGCGUAUCUUACUCCUUAGCCGCAUAAAAUUUUAGAAAAAUCGAUUUAUUUGCCUGUUAUCGUAUUGUAUGCUUAAAAAAAUCUAACACGUACACAUACACAACACUA